AUGGCCAGUUUUAAUGUUGGAAUAAAGUUUGUUAUUCUAAUACGAUUCAGUUGUGGCUUCUGUGCUACACAUGGAAGCAGUGAUGCCAAGUAUGAAGCAGAACAGCCUCAAUUUCCAGAUGUUUCUGAAUCAAAUCACGGACCUGUGUCUUUGGAAGGAGGAAUAUUGCAGCCAUUACAUAUGGGACCAUUUUAUGUAGCCCCUGCAGCUCAUCCCGUUGUCCAACAGUUGAUUCCCAUACCUGAGGCAGCCCCCUUUCCAGAACCACCUGAUCCAAAAACAUGUUCUCCUCGAGAAUACUUAGAGUAUUACAUAUUUCCAGUACUCUUACCUGGAUUGGCUGAACUUCUGCAUCGAGCAAAGAAGGAAAAGUGUUUCGAGAGAAAAAGGACCAAAUUUAUUGCCUGUGAUUUCCUAACUGAGUGGUUAUACAACAAGAACCCAAAGAGGAAAGAUGAGUCGUUCACAGAAUUCUUUUCCAUUCCUUUUGUCAACGACUGGCUAAAGGACCAUCCUAGGCCACCAAUUCCUCUAUCUCUCCUUCUAUCAGAAGAAGAAGCAAGCAUAGUAAUUCAGUCCUUCUGGAGAGGUUAUCGGGUCCGCUGUGAUAGUGAAAUACAAGAGCUACGUCAGUGGCAACAGCAGUUGAGAGAGGACAAAAACAUUAUUAAGAAAGUGAAAGAAUUCUGGACUAAGCAGGAAGCCAAAGACCAUGCCAUUGUUUUGUUGUUUCAUCUUCAGGUGCUCAACUUCUACACGUUUAAAGUCUAA